GACUUUUACCAAAAGCCCUAAUAAUACUAGGGUUUUUCUUCUUUUCUGCAUUUUCUUGCAAUUUUUUAAAAAGUUGGUGUUACAAAAUGUAAAACCACAAAAAAAAAAGGAGAAAGAAGAAACGGGUAAGAAAAUGAGUCAAAUGACAGUCCUUGCUUAACUCACCUCACUCUCUCCUCAUCUUUCCCUCGCUCUCCCUCUUUCUCUCUCCUAUUUUCAUCCGUUGCAGAACUUCCUGUCUUCUACUAAAAGAACACACCAAUUUUCGCAAAACUGAAAUUCAGAAAGAAUUUUACCUCUAAUUUCUUAAGUUCUUCAAAUUCUAAUCAUCCCCAUUAAUCAAGAAUCUCAGCUAGUUAUCCUUUUGCACAUCAAAAUAUGAGCUCAAUCCAGAAGUCCGGUCAAUCUAGCCAACCUUCGACUCUACAAAAUCAAAUCAAUUACCUUGGUUCAAGAAAUGAUCACUGUUCACAUUCUUCAUCCCAUAAGGAGCCAAACCAUGUUGAGAAUGUUCCAAACAUAGUUGAAAGCAAUUGCAAUGUAGUCUGUGAUUCAACUGGGAAUCUAAUCUCUGAUGAUGAUACUUUUAAUCGGGGUCCAAAUCUUAGCACAGGACAUGAAGAUGGCGUCAUUUCUUGUCAUUCUAUUGGAGUUCCCGGCAAUUCAGGUCAGCUGGAAGAUAUUAGCUCUGGUUCUAACGCCAGUAUAUCAGGUUUAUCUGACAAGAGGGAAGUAAAAGUUGGUUUGAGACAGGUAGUUGAAGUAGGAAGUUCUAGUAGUCCACAACAAGCAGAUAACAGUUUGUCAAAUAAUAUUUCUGUUCAUUUGAAUGCACCUUCCACCCAUACGUUACUAACAUCACCUUCGAGUUUGUCUCAUGAGAAUUCUCAAGAAUAUCCUAUGCUGAGAAGUAGAGUUGGUCUUCAUGAAAACUCUAACUCCCAUCAUCAUCCAAGCACCAGUAUCCAUCCAGAAAGGCCUCAGGGAAAUUUCAACCUGGGCCAAUAUAUGCAAAGCCAACGGAACUCCGUACUUGCAACCAGGAAUUCUCCAAUUCAAUUUGUUCACAAUGGUGGCCCAUCAUCAUUACCUAUGGGGAUCAGUGAUGUCUUUGAAGGUUCCAACACACCUAAUAUGUCCAGGACGGAUUUUGUUCCUAGUGGAUCAAGAAUUCAGCCUCAGUCACCUUUAGCUAUCAAUUCCAGUUCAAGGGCUGGCACUUCAAAUGAAAGAAGGCUGUUUCCUGACGUAGGAGAUUUCGUACAUCAUCCUCAACAUCACAGCCUAGCCGAUGGAAGGUAUGCUGCUCUUGAUGUUGCUUCUAAUCAUCAGAUGGAGCAUAAUGCCGGAUAUUAUCACUGGCCUUCCCUUCUUUGGGUUCAUCCACUCUUCAAUCAAGCUGGAAGUCAGCAAAUGGCAUUAGGUUAUUCGCCAUGGUUCCCCUCUCCUUGGAAUGGUCUUGGAUCAGGUGCUCAGAACGUUGAUGUUGCUCCUUUACAAUAUCCUGCUACCUAUGGGUACGUGACGUCAGCAGAUAUGAUGCUGGAAUCUGGACACAACCUUGGCCAGGAUGCUCAUUUUUCAGGUCCAUUUAUCUCCCAGUCCAGGCAUCGUCUCUUUCCCCGUUCAUUGCAGUCCAUGGAAGCUCCAAUAGGAAGAGAUCACGGGACAAUGCCUGAGCAGCUUUAUCAGAUCGAUUCCAACCAUGUUGCUGACUUCCAAGCUCAGGCAAUGGCUCGUUCAUUCUACAACAGGCGGGGAUAUCCACAUAUGCGAGACCGGCAUAGAGAUAUGAGACUCGAUGUAGAUCAAAUGUCGUAUGAGGAGCUGUUAACUUUAGGAGAGCAAAUUGGGAGUGUGAAAACAGGUCUAGAGGACGAAACGAUUAUGAAGCUUCUUAAACGGAGGGAGUAUGAAUGUGUGAUCAAUGACCCAUCUUCUGAUGCUGAAACAUGUUGCAUAUGCAUACAAGAAUAUGUACGCGAAGAAGAUAUUGGAGUGUUGAACUGCGGUCACGAGUUUCAUACAGCGUGUAUCAAGAAGUGGCUUAAAAUUAAAAAUAAAUGCCCAAUUUGUAUGAAGGAGGGCUUGGGUGCAUAACAUGCUGCAGUCCGCAGGACCAAUAAAUGUCAGCUUUUAAAGUAAUUUUAUACACACCUCCAGCAAUUUUUUGCUGGUAACUUUAGUUUAAUAUUAUCAUAUGGGUUUAUUUUGUUGAAACUGAAUAAUUGUACAUAGACCUUCAAGAGCUCAGCUGUUGAUCAUACAUUAUGCUUCGACAAGAAUAUGCCUAUUAUUUGAGCA